AUGGCACUGUUGCUUUUCUCUCAAAUUGUAUCACUGCUUUAUACCUUACCGAUCAAUGGGGCCGCCGAAAGUAAGUCAUCAGUAGCAAUUGACGUCGCAAGUUGGGUACUGAAUUGCGUUUCUAGGAUGAUUCUCUCAGGCUUAUCUGGGAUUAUCUUGAUAGAAAUAUACGCUGCAGGCAUGCAACGGAUUUUUCAAAACACGAACAACCAAGUUGGAAAGGGGUUUGCCAUCCUGGGAAUCUACCUCUUCGUUGUCAACUAUUGUAAGGGCUCAAAUAAAAUUUACCACUUGGGCCUACUUGAUACUAAAGGUUCUCGGUUAGAUGGCAUGCUUAACAGCACCACCUGGCUCUAUGGAGCGGAGGUACUACCUGUUUCCGUUAGAAGCAAAGUGAUGGGCCUUGGUUCUGCCUCCCACUUUAUAGUUAAUGUUGGCAGUGUGCAACUCCUGUAUCCCGCUAACAUCCAUGAUUCGCUUCUGACACUUCAAUAUAGUUACUGA